AGACGGCUCUUGCGCAAUCGCAGUUCGAGCUUUGCUGUUUUUUUUUUUUCCCUCUCCCCUCCCCCUUCCCUCCCCCAAGCCUGAGGGGUCUUGAGGUGACAGCGCCCGCAACUGCGACUCCAGCAGGAGGAGAAGAUGGACAAGAGGAAGCUCGGGCGACGGCGAUCUUCGUCCGAAAUUGUGACAGAAGGAAAAAGGAAAAAGUCUUCAUCUUCUGACUUAUCAGAGUUUCAGAUAAGAAAGAUGUUAAAUGCAAAACCAGAAAAUGUUCACCUUCAAUCAUCACUGUCCAAAUUCAGAAGCUCAGAACGCUGGGAUAUCCCUUUGCAAGGGUUGAAAAGAAGCCUAAGAAAUAAAGUCAUCUCUCUAGACCAUAAAAAUAAAAAAAGUGUCCAUGGGUGUCCUGUCACUUCUAAGUCAUCACCAGAAAGGCAACCCAAAGUUAUGUUGACGAAUGUCCUAUGGACGGAUUUAGGACGAAAAUUCAGAAAGACCCUACCUAGAAAUGAUGCUAAUUUAUGUGAUGCCAACAAGGUGCAAUCAGACUCAUUGCCUUCGACAUCUGUUGACAGCCUAGAGACAUGUCAAAAAUUAGAACCUCUUCACCAAAGCCUUAAUUUAUCUAAAAGGAUACCCAGAGUUAUAUUGACGAAUGUCCUGGGAACGGAGUUAGGAAGAAAAUACAUAACGACCCCACCUGUAACUGAGGCAAGUUUGAGUGAUACAGACAACUUGCAAUCAAAGCAACAUUCUUCAUCAUCUGAUCGCAGCCUAGAAUCUUGUCAAAAUCUAAAUCCUCACAAGAGCUGUUUUUUAUCUGAAAGGAGUUUACAACCAAGUAAGAAAGCAGAUAACAAUUCUGCAAAGCAGUCUGCGCGUGCUAAAGAAAAGAGAAAAGAUGAUGAUGGCAUUUCUGUUUUAAUGUCUGAUACUCAGCCUAAAGACCUUGACAAUGGAAGUAGAGGUUGUGAUCAUCUUGAACAGGGUAGUAGAAAGAAGGAUGUUACAUGUUCUGACUCAAAAAUGGAACCUACUCAGAUUUCCAGGAAGACAAAGAAAAAGCUUAGAAGUAAUUUACCUGAUUCUAAUUCUACUUCCUCUUUGGAUAUAUCAACAGAACAGAUAAAAGGACAAGAAAAUGACUCAACAGUAUCCACUGAGUUUGAGAAGUCAAGUGAAAACUAUCAGCAGGACCCAAAAUUGCUUGAAGAAAUCACACCUAAACAUACAGAAAGUGGUUUUACUGAACUACCCUCACUUAAUAGUCAGGAGUUGGCUGUGAGUGCUCCUCCCAAAAGUGCCUCUGUCUGUUCAACCACUGAAACUCUUGAGAGCUCUAUUGUCAAAGAUACUGUGGGGAUUUCUUCUUCGGUUGAGAAGGAUGAGAAUGAGUUGAAUACAAUAGAAAAGCCUAUUCUAAGUGGACACAGUGAAGGAAAUCAAUCAUUGAUCUCUGCUGAACCAAUUGUUGUUUCCAGUGAUGAAGAAGGACCCAUUGAACAUAAAAAUUCAGAAAUUCUUAAAUUACAGCCUAAGCAAGAUCAUGAAAUCACUAAUGAAAAUAAGAGUACUUCUGAAUCAGCAUUGUCAGAACUACCACUGGUUACAUGUGAAACUGUACAGGCAUCAUCUGAAUUAUGUCCAUAUAAUCCUGUCAUGGAAAACAUUUCCUGUAUUAUGCCUAGUAAUGAGAUGAAUCUCCAACUGGAUUUUAUAUUUACUUCUGUCUAUAUUGGUAAAAUAAAAGGAGCUUCUAAAGGUUGUGUUACAUUUACAACAAAGUAUGUUAAGAUCCCAUUUCAAGUGUCCCUGAAUGAGGUUUCAUUGCUAGUGGAUACCACACAUUUAAAGAGAUUUGGGUUAUGGAAAAGUAUGGAUGAUGAUCACAGUAAAAGGAGUCAUGCAAUCCUUUUCCUCUGGGUCUCUGCAAAUUAUCUUCAGGAAAUUCAGGCCCAAUUAGAAAACUCUACAUUAAGCCAGCAGUCAAAAUUCAGUGAAUUCAUUUUCCUUGAGCUACACAAUCCUAUUUCACAAAGAGAAGAAUUGAAAUUGAAAGAUAUUAUGACGGAAAUAAGUACAACCAAUGGAGAAUUAGAGCUUUCUUAUCCAUUGUCUUGGGUUCAGGCACUUCCUUUGUUUCAGAACCUCUCUUCAAAAGAAAGUUCUUUUAUUCAUUACUACUGUGCUUCAGCUUGUUCUUUUCCUGGUGCUGCUACUGAAGAAAUGAAGAUGAAAUCAAUAUCUCAGGAGAUCUUUUUCCUUGCCACGUUCUGUCAGCCCUCAAAUACAGAUGCAGCCAAACCUACCUACACCUUCCUGCAGAAGCAAAGUAGUGGUUGCUAUUCAUUUUCUAUUACAUCUAAUUCAGAUGAAGAAUGGCGAGAAGUCAGGCACACUGGACCUGUUCAGAAGUUAAUUGUAUAUCCUCCACCACCUACCAAGGGGGGAUUAGGAGUAACUAAUGAAGAUCUGGAGUGUUUAGAAGAAGGAGAGUUUCUUAAUGAUGUAAUCAUUGAUUUUUACCUUAAGUAUCUUAUAUUGGAGAAGGCAUCAGAUGAACUUGUUGAACGAAGUCACAUUUUUAGUAGCUUUUUCUAUAAAUGCUUGACAAGAAAGGAAAAUAAUUUAACAGAAGAUAAUCCAAAUCUUUCAAUGGCACAGAGAAGACAUAAAAGAGUAAGAACCUGGACUCGUCACAUAAACAUUUUUAAUAAAGAUUACAUCUUUGUACCUGUAAAUGAAUCGUCUCACUGGUAUCUUGCAGUCAUUUGUUUUCCGUGGUUAGAAGAAGCCGUGUAUGAAGAUUUUCCACAAACUAUUUCUCAGCAGUCCCAGGCUCAGCAGUCCCAACAUGACAACAAAACAAUAGAUAAUGAUCUACAUACUACAUCGACACCAUCUUUGAGUGCAGAGGAUUCUCAAAGUACCGAGAUGAAUAUGUCAGUACCAAAGAAAAUGUGUAAAAGGCCAUGUAUUCUCAUACUAGACUCCUUAAAAGCUGCUUCUAUACAAAACACAGUUCAGAAUUUACGAGAGUAUUUAGAGGUAGAGUGGGAAGUUAAGCGAAAAACUCAUCGUGAGUUCAGCAAAACAAACAUGGUGGACCUAUGCCCUAAAGUUCCUAAACAGGACAAUAGCAGUGAUUGUGGAGUAUAUUUACUGCAAUAUGUGGAAAGCUUUUUCAAGGAUCCUAUUGUUAAUUUUGAACUUCCAAUUCAUUUGGAGAAAUGGUUUCCUCGUCAUGUCAUAAAGACCAAACGGGAAGAUAUUCGAGAACUCAUUUUGAAACUUCAUUUACAGCAACAGAAGGGCAGCAGUAGCUAGUUAAUCUGUACAAACAUGACACAGAUGUUCUCUAAGAUUACUGGAAAGCCUCUUACCAGCAUUUGUGUUAGUCAGCUCACAGAGAAGAAAAUAACUUGCAGUAGUUUUAUAAGUCAUUGGACAUUAUUUAAAAUAUAUAAAAUAUAUUAUUAGAAUUGUUGGGAUCUCAUAGAUGGAGUAGGAAUGGGGAUGAUAUAAACUUAUUAGAUAGAAAUUAAAAUUUCAUAAAUAUUUCAUAUUUUUCUGAGUAAAUAUGCUUGGAUUAUGCAAUAGCAUAUGUAAUGUGGGAAUGUUUUUGUAUAUAAUAAAACUAUGUGAUCUGUACUUCCACAUGACGUGGUGUUGAGGGGAGUUAGGUCCUCCCUGGUGCCAGCCCCAGUGCUUGUCAAAUUUGUUGACAAGUCAUAUCAUUGUAAUUCUAUUCUUUGCAGCUCAAGCAUGCAGUAUGAAUACUGUGUAUUUUUUUUAAAAGAGAAUUUAGUAUCAAGGCUUCAGAAAAUGCCAUUUACGGCAUCCCUUCUGUAUGGUGUAAAAAAAGACAUUCAUAAUGUUAGGAAGAUGACAAAAUUCAUUCUUUUAAAGCAUAGCUUAUUAUUCUCAAUUGCUAAAUACAGUUACUCUGCUCUAAUUUCUUUUUCCAUUUCUUUGUUAUAUGUUGGGAUCUGAGAACUUAGUUCAUUUGUUCAGGAUAAAAUUUGGAACAAAAAAAUUUAGCUCUCCAGAAUAGGUUUUUAAAAAUUAUACAUGUAGCUCAACUUAGUUUAUUUGAGGCAUAGCUAUAUAAAUAUCCACUCCUACAUUAUUCCAAAAUAUAUGUACACAGUUUCUAUAAUGUAGAAGAUAAAAUUGGUCUCCUCACAACUUUAACAAAAAAAUACCUUUGAAGUCCUAUUUAUUAAUUCUUAGAACUAAAUAUAUAAUUUUAUAGCUUAGUUUAGCCAGUAUUCAUCUGCAAAGCCAGAUUGCUGUCAUUGCCUUUAUAUUUUUAAAUUGUAGUUUUUAGAGACCUAUGAUCCUCAUGGAGCUUAAUUUUUUUUAUUAAAUAUUCAGGUAACAACUCUGAAUUCAUGUGAUAAUGGUGGUAUUAUAUAUGAUUAAGCAUUUCAGAACCUUCUAAUGUUAUCAGGAAUAUUUUGAGAGAGACAUGAUUAUAGGUAUUUUCUCAGAUAAGAAAAAAGCUUUUUAACAAUAUUAUUUUCAUCUUCUGUUUUAAGCAUCUCUUGGAUUUGUGUUGUAACUAUAGGUAAAGAGGGUGAAGCAAAGGCAAUUUAAGAUAAAGCUAAAAUACCUGAAUAUUUUAUUUCAAAAUCUUGUGAAUUGAGAUUGUCAGUUAAGCCUGUGUCCUUAGCUUUUGUUAAUCCAGUCACCAUCUUUAUAUUGUUAAAUAUUUGUCUUUUGGAGGUUUCAUAUGAAGAUGGUUAUAAUUACAUAUUUCAUUCCCAAUUUGUGUAUGUGUUGGAGACUUUUUAAGGUGACUAUUAAUUGUUUUGUACAUCUAAUUUUGGGAAAGCAAGAAUUUAAGACAUCGUGUGAUUUCUUAACUUUUGUGUUUGUAUGUUUUUCAAAGAUACCACUGUCCUUUAUCAUGUUUUGAAGAUUGUUUAAAAUUCAUUUUCCUAAAUUCAUGUGCAAAUAAUGCUUUGAUGAUAUCGACAUUUUAUAUUAAACAUAUUUCCAAUUCAUUAAAUAGAGGUGUAAUAUUUUUCUUAAGAAAUAUGAACCAUUAUUAGAAAUAAGUUUCUGAUUGUAU